UAGGGUUUGGGGCAAUGGGCACCUCCCUAGGGAUUACUUUCCGAUUUCGGAGCCUCUCUCCCCCCUUUAGGCUUUGGCCCCCUUCUUCUAUUUCAAUUCCCAUCACCCAUUAACUAUAGUCUCAUUUGGGACACAAUUAGCCCACCUUGUACAUGGUUUAUCGAUCGCGAAGAUGCAUAGCGGCAACAGCUAAAGACGUUGGGGCCAUGAUGAGUUGCAUAAGGCUCACGGUAUUCUCCCUCUCCGUGAGGCCUGGAAACAUGGUGACCAUAUGGGGAAGCUCUACCUUGUCAGUAAGGCAAAGUGUCGGAGAUAAUAUUGAUGAGCUUGAUGUGGCCUUCUCAAAUAAUUCUCGUCUCUUAUUCAAUGAAAAAGACAAGGAUGUUGAGGUGAAUUCUAGGCCUAAUCACCUACUUGAUGAUAGUAUUGGGCAAAACAAUCCCAUUAAUAUCGAACACAAUGGUGGUAGCCAUGCAGAUGAGGGGCCUAAGGAAGGCGGUAUGGAUCAGAUCAAGAAAGGGGACAACCUUAUGCCUGGUCCAAUAAAUGGUAAGAAUAGGAAAAGGGGAGGCUCAGGCGGUGGCCAAUGGAAGAGAUUAGACCGCAAUCUUGAAAACUCCUCCAACAAAGAUAGUGACAAACAUGGUAAGCGGAAGCCCAAAACCACUCUUGUAGACAAGGAAAGGGCUUUGAAGGCGUUAGUUGAUAAUUCAAGGGUGGCUGUCAUUUGAACGAGUGAGGGCCAUAACCUACCUCCAGGAUGAGUUCUCUAGUUUGUGGGAUGGCAUUCAAUAGAUUGGGGAUUGUUGG